GGCCUGCUGAGCACCUGUCAGGGGCAGCUCUAGGGCACAGGAGCCAGGCAGGUGGCUGUGCUUCUCCCGGCCCCAGCAUGAGCUCCUACAACCUCCCAGCACCCUCCCCGCCUCGCUGCAGUCCCCAGUUCCCCAGCAUUGGCCAGGAGCCCCCCGAGAUGAACCUUUACUAUGAGAACUUCUUCCACCCACAGGGUGUGCCCAGCCCUCAGCGGCCCCCCUCCUUCGAGGGAGGUGGCGAGUUCGGGGCCACCCCCAACCCCUACCUCUGGCUCAAUGGGUCAGCCAUGACUCCACCGCCCUACCUGCCAGGCACCAACAGCAGCCCCUUCCUGCCUCAGGCCUAUGGCAUGCAGAGGCAGCUGUUGCCCAGCAUGUCAGGGCUGGGGGGCAGUGACCUGGGCUGGCUGCCCAUCCCCUCCCAGGAGGAGCUGAUGAAGCUGGUGCGCCCCCCCUACUCUUACUCAGCUCUUAUUGCCAUGGCCAUCCACGGGGCACCCGACAAGCGCCUCACCCUCAGCCAGAUCUACCAGUAUGUGGCUGACAACUUCCCCUUCUACAACAAGAGCAAGGCCGGCUGGCAGAACUCCAUCCGCCACAAUCUGUCCCUCAAUGACUGCUUCAAGAAGGUUCCUCGAGAUGAGGAUGAUCCAGGCAAAGGGAAUUACUGGACUCUGGAUCCCAACUGUGAGAAGAUGUUUGACAAUGGAAAUUUCCGCAGGAAGAGGAAGAGGAAAUCAGAUGUUUCCUCCAGCACAGGCUCCUUGGCCUCAGAGAAAACUGAGAGCAGUCUCCUGGUAGGCAGCCCCAAGAGCACAGAGUCUCAAGACAUCCUGGACAGUGGCUCACCGGGCACCUCCAGCUCCCCAGAGAAGCAGUCCUCCCCACCCCCUUCAGGCGCCCCAUGCCUUAACAGCUUCCUCUCUACCAUGACAGCCUACACGAGUGGGCCGAGUCCAGUGGGCCGCCCUGUGGGAACACCAGGACUCAGCCCUGAGCCCUCUGACAAGAUGGGCCAGGGCACUCUGAGUUUCAACUCCUACGCCCCACUCACCAACCUCGCAGGCCACGGAAGUGGGAGCGAAUGGGCCAACUCGGUGCCCACAAAUGCGCUUGGCUAUGGGAGCUCUGUCCUCAACCAGUUCAGCCCUCACUUCUACAACAGCAUCAACACCAACAGUAUCCUCUACCCCAGGGAGGGCACAGAGGUCUAGGACCCCAACAGCUCCUGGGUCACACGGACAGGACCCAGAGAGAAGCAACCCCCAGACCAGUCCCCACACCACCCUGUGAUCCAGGACCUGAGGACUGCCUGAGCCUAACGCAGGAGACUCGACAGAAGCAUUUUAUUCAGAACAUUGUUCAAACCUUCUGUUCAUCACAACUGAGUCCACACAGAUUUUCCUGCUUUGCACUGGUAAUACUGGUGCCUGGAUAGCAGUGAUAAGGGUGGCAAUUUUUUGAGCACUUCUUCUGUGCUGGGUACUGUUGUAGGCUUUUUAAAGAUAUGGUCACAUUUACUAUGGGAAGUUACCCUGUGAGAUUCACAUGCACCUCGUCAUUAACAGAAGGGAAGUAGAGCUUGAGGAAGUUAAGUAACUUUUCUAGAGUCAUGAAAUCUAGGAAAUGCCAGAGCUACAAGUCAAAUCUGGGCCUGGAUAACCCCAAAGAUUGAACCAAAAGAAGUAGGGAUGGAGGAUUGGCAGAGCAGCUAAAGAAUGUCAGGGUGAGAAUCUGAUUAUGGCAGAUUUGUCAAAACAUCUGCCCUCUGGUGGUCUCUCAAAAUCCAACACCAGCCGGGGUCUGUCUUAUUGUCUCUCUUUGUUUGCCCCAACUUCCCUACAGCCACUCUUGUGGCUACCACUCAAGGAGGGAAGUGACUUGCCAGCAGGUUUAAUUUAGAAAGUACAGCCCAGGUGCCCUGUAGGAUAGUGUAUCCAGCAAGUGUGAUGGAGUGUGUCCCUUUUCCAGCUCCCCACAGAUCUUAAGCAAAUCUAGGUUCAGCGAGAGGCAUGGUGCACCCUAAAUGCCCCACCCCAUGCUGCCCUUCUGCAAAAUCUCAUAAAGCGCAGCCAGCUUCCUCUGUGUGUGUCAUGGACCAGUGAACUGGCAGUGGCUGAGGUUUCCAAGAGAAACAAGGCAGAAUGGGCACUUCCUUCUCCAUAGCUCUGGAGAAGCGGAUGUUUGUCUGAGAAACAACAUCCUCAAGGGAAAUCCUCUGCCUCCCUCGCAGGGUCUGUGGUCUGUGAGGGAGCUCCCUGGAUAUUUCUUUCUUGAUUUUGUAGGUACUUUACAUGCCUGUGAUGUUUUAUCACAGAACACCCUAGGAAGUAUUGUUUGAUUUAUUUUCUU